AUGAAAGAAGAUGAAGUGCUGUUCUUCAUCAAGAACAUCAUCGUCAUCACACUGAUAUCUGAGUUUGUAUUCAACAGAGAACUGAAUGAGAACGAUUCUGGAGAAUAUAAGAUUGUAGUCAAAGUUUCUGAAGACUACAGUUUCUUCUCUGAGUUUCACCUGGACGUUAAGAAAGCUGAUUGUUGUGAGAAGAGCAUCAGUCUAUCAGCUGCUGCAGGAGGAUCUGUGAACAUCAGCUGCAAAUACCCACAAUCCCACAGUGCUGAUGUGAAGUUUGUCUGCAGGAGAUCUGAAUCUGAUCUCUGUGCUGAAGAGACGUCUGUGAAGAAGAGCAGAAGAUGGAGCGCUGAGGGACAGAUGCAGCUGUAUGAUGACAGAGAGCAGCAGCUCCUGACGGGAACCAUCAGUCAUGUGACUCAACAGCAUUCAGCUGAAUACUGGUGUGGAGUUCAGUCUGAUCAAGGACACAAGAGCUUCAUCACACGAGUCCUCCUCAGAGUUACUGAUGCAAACAGUCACAGAAUAUCUACAUCACCAUCAUCAUCAUCAUCUUCUUCAUCUUUCUCACCAGGAGAAUCUCCACUGAUCUCAUCUGCGUCUCCUGUAACUGGCUCUUCUCUGAUCAUCAGUGUGUCUGUGCUUCUGCUUCUGAUCUUCAGUGUGAUUCUGUUGGUGAUCGUCUCUCUCUGGAGGAGGCGUCAGUCUCACGACGCUCAUCCCUCAUCCAGAAGAUCUCACAGGACUCCAGCAAACACUGACGCGGCUUCUAAUUAUCAUUGUGAUUACGAGGAGACUGAAGACAAUCGUAGACAAUUACCCACAAACCCCUCUGAUUCUACUAAUGCAAUCUAUGCUAAUCCAGAAUUACCCAUAAACCCCUCUGAUUCUACUAAUGCAAUCUAUGCUAAUCCAGAAUUACCCAUAAACCCCUCUGAUUCUACUAAUGAACUGAAAGAGUAA